UUCAAUCAUCUAGUAAUCAACCGGAUACUUUUCGGGAGUAACAGAUUCUUGUAGACUUUUACUGGUUUCACUUAACACAAUGUCAGCAAGAUACGACAGAGCGAUCACUGUGUUUUCUCCAGAUGGCCACCUCUUUCAGGUGGAAUAUGCUCAAGAGGCUGUAAAGAAAGGCUCCACAGCAGUGGGCAUCCGAGGUAAAGACAUUGUUGUCCUUGGUGUUGAGAAGAAAUCUGUAGCCAAACUGCAGGAGGAGAGAACUGUCCGCAAGAUAUGUGCUCUUGACGAACACGUCUGCAUGGCGUUUGCAGGCCUCACUGCAGACGCCCGUAUUGUCAUCAACAGAGCUCGGGUAGAGUGUCAGAGUCACAGGCUCACUGUUGAGGAUCCCGUCACUGUGGAGUACAUAACGCGCCACAUAGCCACCCUCAAACAGCGAUACACCCAGAGUAACGGACGCAGACCGUUCGGCAUCUCCGCCCUGAUUGUGGGCUUCGACUACGACGGGACCCCCAGACUCUAUCAGACAGACCCCUCAGGCACCUACCAUGCUUGGAAGGCAAAUGCCAUUGGCCGCAGCGCAAAGACGGUGAGAGAGUUCCUGGAGAAGAACUACACAGACGAAGCCAUAGCUGGUGACAACGAGGCGAUAAAGCUGGCCAUCAGAGCCCUGCUCGAGGUGGUCCAAUCAGGAGGGAAAAACAUUGAACUUGCAGUGAUCAGAAGAAACCAACCACUGAAGAUUUUGGAGUCCAAAGAGAUUGAGACUCUGGUGGCAGAAAUAGAGAAAGAAAAGGAAGAAGAAGCGGAGAAGAAGAAACAGAAAAAAUCCACUUAAAUGUUGUCAGUCAAACCCUGGUUUCAUUCAGUCAAACCCUGGUUUCAUUCAGUCAAACCCUGGUUUCAUUCAGUCAAACCCCUGGUUUCAUUCAGUCAAACCCCUGGUUUCAUUCAGUCAAACCCCUGGUUUCAUUCAGUCAAACCCCUGGUUUCAUUCAGUCAAACCCCUGGUUUCAUUCAGUCAAACCCCUGGUUUUAUUUCCCAAUUCGAUUGAGGCUGCAUUUUGCUCACUGUUCUUUUCAUGGACACUUACAACAAACACUUAACCCUUUUUUAUGUUUGACAUGGUUUUCACAAAUUUCAUUUUUGUGAAUAAAACAAAAAUGCAGAAUUUCAAGUUGGGGUUCAGCUACAAAGUAUGUUCAACAUCUGUCAUCUAAGGUCAUGUUUUGUAACUACUUUAAUGCUAAUGGAUCAGAAGGUUUAAUGGGUCAACACCUAAUAAACUCCAAUUGUUUAUCAAUCAUCUUUGUUAUUUAAGUGUAAAUUCCACAAGUAAUUCCAAAUUGUACGUAAUGUUCAUGGUGUACAGAAAAGCAGGUCAUUACAACUAGUACAGUGCC